GGCAGGGGGUGGUGGGGCAAGAUGGCGGCACACCUGUCCUACGGGCGAGUGAACCUAAACGUGCUGCGCGAGGCGGUGCGCCGCGAGCUGCGCGAGUUCCUGGACAAGUGCGCAGGAAGCAAGGCAAUAGUUUGGGAUGAAUACCUAACUGGACCCUUUGGCCUGAUUGCACAGUAUUCACUAUUGAAGGAACAUGAAGUGGAAAAAAUGUUCACACUUAAAGGGAAUCGUUUGCCGGCAGCUGAUGUCAAGAAUAUUAUUUUUUUUGUCAGACCCAGGCUAGAGUUGAUGGAUAUAAUUGCUGAAAACGUGCUCAGUGAAGAUAGACGAGGCCCAACGAGAGAUUUUCAUAUUCUGUUUGUGCCACGCCGUAGCCUGUUGUGCGAACAGCGAUUGAAGGAUCUGGGAGUCUUGGGAUCCUUUAUUCACAGGGAGGAGUACAGCUUAGAUCUCAUUCCAUUCGAUGGGGAUCUCUUAUCCAUGGAAUCAGAGGGUGCGUUCAAAGAGUGCUACCUGGAGGGUGACCAGACAAGCCUGUACCAUGCAGCCAAGGGGCUGAUGACCCUGCAAGCUCUGUACGGAACGAUCCCCCAGAUCUUUGGGAAAGGAGAAUGCGCUCGGCAAGUGGCCAAUAUGAUGAUCAGGAUGAAGAGAGAGUUUACAGGAAGCCAGAAUUCAAUAUUUCCCGUUUUUGAUAAUCUCUUGUUGCUUGAUCGGAAUGUGGAUUUAUUAACACCUCUUGCCACUCAGCUGACAUAUGAAGGACUCAUUGAUGAAAUUUAUGGCAUUCAGAACAGUUAUGUGAAAUUACCUCCAGAGAAAUUUGCACCUAAGAAACAGGGCGAUGGUGGUAAGGACCUCCCCACGGAAGCAAAGAAGCUGCAGCUGAAUUCUGCAGAGGAGCUGUAUGCUGAGAUCCGAGACAAGAACUUCAAUGCGGUGGGCUCUGUGCUCAGCAAGAAAGCAAAGAUCAUCUCGGCGGCAUUCGAGGAAAGACACAAUGCUAAGACCGUGGGGGAGAUCAAGCAGUUCGUUUCCCAGUUGCCCCACAUGCAGGCAGCAAGGGGCUCGCUUGCAAACCAUACCUCAAUUGCAGAAUUGAUCAAAGAUGUCACUACUUCUGAAGACUUCUUUGAUAAAUUAACCGUGGAACAGGAGUUUAUGUCUGGAAUAGACACUGAUAAGGUCAACAAUUACAUUGAGGAUUGUAUCGCCCAAAAGCACUCGUUGAUCAAGGUGUUAAGAUUAGUUUGCCUCCAAUCCGUGUGUAAUAGUGGGCUCAAACAAAAAGUUUUGGAUUAUUACAAAAGAGAGAUUCUCCAGACAUAUGGCUAUGAGCACAUAUUGACCUUACACAACCUGGAGAAGGCUGGCCUACUGAAACCGCAGACGGGGGGCAGAAACAAUUACCCAACUAUACGGAAAACAUUACGCCUCUGGAUGGAUGAUGUUAACGAGCAAAACCCCACGGACAUAUCCUACGUGUACAGUGGGUAUGCCCCGCUCAGUGUGCGGCUGGCCCAGCUGCUUUCCCGACCUGGCUGGCGGAGCAUCGAGGAGGUCCUCCGCAUCCUCCCAGGGCCCCACUUUGAGGAGCGACAGCCACUGCCCACAGGACUGCAGAAGAAACGUCAACCAGGAGAAAACCGAGUGACUCUGAUAUUUUUCCUCGGGGGCGUAACCUUUGCUGAAAUUGCUGCCCUGCGAUUUCUCUCCCAGUUGGAAGAUGGAGGUACAGAAUAUGUCAUUGCCACCACUAAACUAAUGAACGGAACCAGUUGGAUAGAGGCUCUGAUGGAAAAACCUUUCUAGGGUAUUCAGAGGAGACUUAACGAGUGUACUGCAGAAUAAACUGCCUCUUUGAAGAAGUUGCUGAAAGGAAGUUAAACCCCAUAGAAGAAACAUGGAAUGCAGAAUAUAUUCUGGGGUCAGCUUCUUAAAUUAUGCUACCGUUUACUGCUUUCUCCUUCUCUUUUGUAUUCCAUUUUUUUUUUGCUUUGAGACGGAGUCUCGCUGUGUCACCCAGACUAGAGUGCAGUGGCGCGGUCUCACCUCACUGCAACCUCGGCCUCCUGGGUUCAAGAGAUUCUCCUGCCU